GUAUACCUAGAUUUAUUAUGCAUUUUCUGUCAUAUACGUUUAAAAGUUUUCUCAUUUGUGCAAGGAAAUAACGAAAUAUAUUUCAACUGUUCCUUCAGUCCACUGAACAAUGUUUGGCCUAUUUUAAUUUAUUAAGAUCGUCUAUGAGAUAUUUUGAUUGAGGUUAUGGUAUUGUUCAGCUUUAUAAUAUUCUGGAGUUUUUCAUUGUGUCAUUAUUCAGUUGGUAAAUCAGUUGAGUUGAUGAUGGACUCGUCAUCAUUAGGCCGGCCAAGAGGUUGUGUAACUCGAACUCCCAUGUGUCCUUGUCUGGAGACAGGGGGGGGAGGGUCCCAAUCACGACUCGUGCCUCCCACACCGUACACGACUUGGCAGCUCACUUUUCCAGAUGUAUGUUUUUCUCAGACGAGGAAAAUUGCGGUGUUUGUUUAUACAAGGCGCUUGUGCCGGCCUUAUCUGCUCAGGCCACUCACGCCGUGAUUUCGGAGCUUCAGCAUGUAGUUUACGGGCUAUUGUUCUGUUGAAUGGCUUCUAAAGAUAUGCUCAUGGCCUCCCACCUCAUUAUAACCAACUUGGAAGUUCUGAUUUUAAAAAACCCUCUCUGUCCCCAACCCUGGCUGGCAUGGGGUUGUGAUUAGUCGACGUUACCAAGCAUAGAAAAAGGCCAUGAUUUCCAUAGAUGUUUUAAAUGACAAAAUACAAUUGGCUUUUUUCUUAAAAAUGUCCACAACCAAUAACUUGUCACCACUGUUCAAGGUCUAGCGGCCUGUUUGAUAGUAUAGGCCUAAUGUGUUUUGGUCUAUGUGCAUGCGUCAAUGUCGACGUAAAAAUAUCUUAAAGGUGAGAAAAUAAAUAUAAGAUCAAGUUCAAAUAGUUGAACCUUAUUUAUUUAAAGUAGGCCUAGCCUAUUGAUAGACAUACAGGCGUUUUGGUGUAGCCUAUUGGGUAUUCGCAAUAGACCUAAUUGGGGGAAAACAUUUUCUCAAUAUAUUGGCUAUAGUUUCUAUAGGCCUAAUUUAAAUAAAAUAAUUUGUAGAUCAAGUUGUAUUCCUAUAAAAUAAUAUAUCUAGGAUUACACUAAUAAACUAUCCUUACAUUAUCUAAUCAUGAAUGGGAUGUCAAUUUAUCAUGGGAGUAAGAUAGCCAAUUGGGCAUGCAAUGUUGAUUAGAUUUUGGGCGCUCAAUUGACAAUUUUAUGAUAGAUUUUUUUGUGAAUGAUUGUGUGUGUCUGGCUGCCAAAUCUGUGUUCGUGAGUCGUGGCUGACGUCACAGUCAGUUAAACCGCAGUUUUUUGGGACCGGGGAGUCACGAAGCAAGAGGACACAUUCCUUUGCGCCGGGGAGCAGGCACGCCCCUCCAAGCUCCGCUGCUUUAUAACGGGACUGGGCCGGGCAGAGGGAGACAACACAAUUGUAACUCUGAACUCCAAGUGGACGCAACUGUUCCCGUCAAAUAUGUACUGGGAUACCAUCCUGAAAUCCAACGAGAGAAACAUAGACACCAAAGACUCUAAAAUAAAGAUGGAGAUGUACCAAGCUGGAUAUUAUAUGGAAGACUUCAGGACACAGGAAGUCCCUGCUGGUUUUGACUUUGCAUCAUAUGACUACAGUGAUGAAGACCUGUCUUUUCUAUUAGACGGUAAAAGACCUGGGCAGCAGCAGCAGUAUCCAGAGAGUUACGGAGAGCCGCAGAAGAAUCCACGUCCGUACGACAACAAAGUAACCUCCAGUGACUCUGUCCUGUUCAACCUGGAUUCAUACCCAGAGUUUAACUGUUGGGCGUCAUACCCAAGUGCCCAGAGUGGACAGUUCAGCCCAGGCAUGGAGGAUGCCAGCACCAGCAACUCCUUCCUCGCUGGAAAAGGAACGAGCCACAGAGGGACCCCCAGCACUGUCAGCCUGGACCACCUCGGUGAAGCUGAGCAAAGCCACUCAGGUGGAAAACUGUACGACUCAGAAGCACAGAAGAGGUCCUCCUCCUUCUGGCCGGACUACCCCUCUCCCAGCUAUGGCGCACCCCUGCCGCCUCCUCACCACCCUCCAUCUUGUUCCUCAAUCCCUGGACCACACCAGCCCUCAGAGCAGUACUGCCACCGUGUGGCCAAACGCAAAAGUACACACUCCCAAAGACCCGAGAGGGAAGGAGGACAAGUGAUGGGAAUGUCAGCUUAUCCAGGAUCAGGGCCCAUCCAAUUGUGGCAGUUCUUACUGGAGCUGCUUUUAGACUCCGCCUGCUGUACCUUCAUCUGCUGGACAGGAGACGGCUGGGAGUUCAAGAUGUCAGACCCAGCAGAGGUGGCCAAGCGUUGGGGCCAGUGUAAGAACAAGCCCAAGAUGAACUACGAGAAGCUGAGCCGCGGCCUGCGUUACUACUACCACAAGAACAUCAUCCACAAAACGACGGGCAAGCGCUACGUCUACCGCUUCGUCUGUGAUGUGCAGGGGAUGCUGGGAAAGACGGCACAGGAGGUCCUGGUCGGUCUGAACAUUUUACCCACGGAUAUAGAGUCAUUAGCAGGCCUGGGGGCACCAGUAUCAUCACCAGAGUCUAGCGAAGCAUGGGCGUCGCAGUAGGGGGAGUGUACCAGCAGCACUGGUUCUUAUUGGUGCUAUUGGCUCUUGAUACUGUUAUUGCUACAUCACUAGAAAUAUGCUAUGUAGAACAAACAUACCUCUUUGACAUGUAGAAAAGGAAUCAAGUCGGCUCUAUUCAUGGCAUUUCUAUCUGCGGUGUUAGACAACGUUUGGUGUAACACUUUUAUUACCAAGUGAUACAGUUCUAGCCAUAGCUGCGGGAAGUAGGGGUGCAACACCCCCUGGAAAAUCAGAAUAAAAAAAAUUCUGUAGUAGCCUUCAAUUUGAUUUGGUUUUAGUGUAUGACUUACCUCCUAUAAACCACAUGACUUAUUAACAUCAACAGAAUAAGCGCUCAAUGAAACUGUAAGCCGAGCUGUCUCCAAUACUGAUGCUCUUUAUGGUAAUGACAUGGAUAGUGAUUAACAACCCCCCUCCAUCCUCAAGUACUUCGUGCCCCCUCUAAAAUAAUGGGUGCAUGACGCCCCUGCUUACCACCCAUGCUGUUGAACAAUGUUUGACAUUAACUUUGGCUAUGAGGAUCUGUUUAUUUUUAUACCCUUACAUAUCUACCUCUUUUAUUGCUGACAAAAUAAAGCGAAGAGGGACAAUGCCUGUUCUGUUGAAUAUAAUGUGUGUGAUUUACAUGAUUUAGGGAACAAUGUUGUUUGUAAAAUGAUUGUAAAUAAACUGUACAUAAGUAGAAAAAAAUUAA